AUGGGACUAAAACACAUUUUCUUGUUCAAACCAUCCUCACCAUUACCACCUUCAAUCCCUCCCACCAAAACCUUCUCCGAUUCAUUAAUGGAAGAAGACAUUGAAACCGCUCGCUCCCUCAUCAACAAAUGGGAUCCACUUUCCCCUUCAGACCAACUUCAGUGUCCAUUCCCUAAAACCCCUCCUCUUUUCAGCAACACACGCCAAGAAGCCAAACAGUACCUUGACGCCGUCAAAACCCUACAGUCCACUAUGCAGUGCCUCGUCGCACAGGAUUCCUCCUCCGUGAAUCUCGUCCAAGCUCAGCUCUUAAUGCAACUCGCCAUGAAGAGGCUCGAGACAGAGUUCCAUCGCAUAUUAGCCGAAAACAGAGACAAUUUGAAUCCUGAAUCCGUCUCCGCCCGCUCCUCCACCGAUCUAAGGAGCAGCGUCUCCGAUUACGACGACGAUUUUUCCGAGGACGACUUCCGCUUCGCCGCCGCCGAUUCAAUAUCAGCGGUUGCCAUGGCGAGUUUGAAAGCCAUAGCGGAGUGCAUGAUUUCCGCUGGCUAUAGCAAAGAGUGCGUCAAGAUUUACGUCGCAACGAGAAAGUCGAUUGUGGAUGAGGCACUGAACCAUCUCGGAGUAGAGAAGCUUAGCUUCUCUCAGGUUCAGAAGAUGGACUGGGAAGUACUCGAGCUGAGGAUCAAGCACUGGCUGAAUGCCGUCAAGGUCGCCGUCGGUACUCUCUUUCACGGCGAGAGAACUCUCUGCGAAUACGUCUUCAGUUCUCCGGAGAGGAAGAUCGUGGAGUCCUGUUUCUCCGAUAUUUGCAGAGAAGGCACAACGUCGCUGUUUGGAUUCCCGGAAAACGUGGCAAAGUGCAAGAAAACGCCAGAGAAAAUGUUCAGGACGCUCGACUUGUACGAAGCGAUCUCUAACAACUGGCAACAGAUUGAGUCAAUCUUCUCGUUCGAAUCGACGUCUUCGAUCAGAUCGCAUGCAAUUGCUUCUCAGGUGAGGCUCGGGGAGGCCGUUCGUACGAUGCUACUGGACUUCGAAACGGCGAUUCAGAAGGAAUCCUCGAAGACGCCGGUGCCAGGAGGCGGGAUCCACCCGCUCACGCGCUACGUAAUGAACUACAUCGCGUUUCUCGCCGAUUACAGCGACGCGCUCGCGGAUAUAGUAGCCGAUUGGCCGCAACAUCCGAUGCCGGAGUCUUACUACCGCAGUGCAAAUCACGAGGAGAAUAAUCCGUCGUCGGAGUUAGCAGAACGGAUCGCGUGGUUGAUACUGGUGCUUCUCUGCAAGCUUGACAGCAAAGCGGAGCUGUACAACGACGUUGCGCUCUCUUACCUGUUUCUCGCGAAUAACAUGCAAUACGUCGUCAUAAAAGUGCGCAAAUCGAACCUAGGGUUCAUUCUCGGUGAGGAUUGGUUGACGAAGCACGAGUCGAAGGUCAAAGGGUACGUCACCAAAUACGAGCGUGUGGGAUGGAGCAAGGUGUUGCCGUUAUUGCCGGAAAAUCCAACGGCGGAGAUGCCGGCAGAGCAAGCUAGGGCCAUCUUCCAGAUUUUCAACGUUGCAUUUCGUGACGCGUGCAGGACACAGUUCUCGUGGGUUGUAUCCGACCCGAAACUGCGAGACGAAAUUAAAAUGUCGAUAGCUUCGAAGCUGGAGGCGAAGUAUCGAGAGUUCUACGAAAAGAAGCGGGUCGGGUCGGAAUCGGUUAUUGAGUUCGAACCGUAUGAUUUGGGGAAUUAUCUUUGCGACAUUUUGUGUGGGACGGGUCAAUGUCAAUCAGGUAGCGUUUCGUCGCAUUCUCUCUCGCCCCCACAUAGCUUCAAACGCCCGUGAAGUUGGAGCACUCGCCGGGAACGUCGUGGGCCCACCGUUUUUUUCUUUAUUUUUUUUGUUAACACGGUAAAGACAAGAAUGUGG